GAAGUAAUUGACCUCUCCUAUUCUUAAAAAAAGCUUAGCAAUGAAGCUUUUUUGAUGGAGGACAGAAAAGCAAACAUAAUUGGCCUUUCAUUGGUCAUCGCUCUCAUUGUUUUGAUCAUCAUUGCUAAAGCUUAUCUCGGACAUUCCAAGGCUUUCUUUCUGAUUGCCGGAGCUGACGCUGCAGCAAUUCUUGCUGUCUUGGCUUUUAUUUUUUUCAGACAGCGUUUCAAUCGCCGAAAGAAAUUGCUGGAGACUCAGCUGGUUUCAGAAGGCAGAGAGCUCCGAAUUGAGUAUAGUUUUCUAAGGAAAGUAGCUGGAGUCCCAACAAAGUUCCGGUACAAAGAGCUUGAGGAAGCAACAGAUGAUUUCCAGUCAUUGUUAGGCCGAGGAGCAUCUGCUUCUGUAUUCAAAGGAAUCCUAAGUGAUGGCACUUCUGUGGCCGUGAAACGAAUUGAAGGAGAGGAGCGUGGGGAGAAGGAAUUCAGAUCAGAAGUUGCUGCAAUCGCGAGCGUGCAGCACCAAAACCUUGUCCGCCUUCUUGGUUAUUGUUGUGUUCCCACAGGGCCUCGUUUCCUUGUUUAUGACUUCAUUUCAAAUGGUUCAUUGGAUAAUUGGAUUUUCCCUCCGAGGCCAAACAGGGUCCUAAAUGGUGGAUGCUUGUCAUGGGACUUGAGAUAUAGAGUUGCCAUUGAUGUAGCCAAGGCACUUUCUUAUCUGCAUCAUGAUUGUAGGUCAAGAAUCUUACAUCUUGAUGUCAAGCCCGAAAAUAUACUUCUUGAUGAAAAUCAUCGCGGGCUUGUUUCAGAUUUUGGACUGUCAAAGCUAAUGAGAAAAGAUGAGAGCAGAGUAGUGACAACAAUUAGGGGGACUAAAGGUUACCUGGCCCCUGAGUGGCUCUUGGAACAUGGAAUUUCUGAGAAGUCUGAUGUUUAUAGUUAUGGAAUGGUGCUUUUGGAGAUCGUUGGAGGCCGGAGAAAUGUCUGCGUGAUUGAAAAUGGCAAUCAUCGAUCUAAAAGAAGAUUUCAGUACUUCCCAAAGAUUGUGGGUGAGAAACUGAGAGAGGGUUUACUUAUGGAAGUGGUGGAUCACAGGCUUGUAGAAGGUGGAGGCAUUGAUGAGAGGGAGGUAAAGAGAUUGGUUUGUGUAGCCUUGUUGUGCAUACAAGAGAGAGCUAGGCUUAGGCCAAGCAUGGCUCGUGUGGUUGAAAUGCUGGAAGGGCGUGUAGCCAUAGAAGAGCCCCCUGAAACACAAAUGAUCAUUGUUGACCUUCUAUCAAGUGAUGAAGAGACAAGCUCUGUUCACGACAGGCCAAGAAUCGCUACAAUGGCAACACAACAAGUAGAUUGUAAUCUUGCUUCCUCAUCCACAUACUCAUAUUCUUUGUCGGUCCUAUCAGGCCGGUAGCUCUUGGAAUCACUCUUGUUUUCUUCUUUCAUUUUCUUAACCCUGAUUCAUUGGCAAGGUAUAUUCUUGUUAUUUUCUUAAGACCUCUUUUGGGCAAUUUUGUGGAUUACAAAAAACGGAAGAGUUGGUUGUCCAAAUGGCUUGUUUUCAUUUCUUUUCUGUUGUUCACAAGGUGCAAUGGCAUUGAUUAGUUUCUUGCAUCAAUGUGUAGUUUAGGUACUG